AUGUCCGACUACAAACUGGGUCCCUACGCACCCGUCCGCUCCCUGUCUCCCAUCACCCCUCCGCAUGCGCCGUUCAGCAACCCCCAAGGCUUGCAAUCGGUCGACAGUCUCUCAUCACGGUCCACGCUCUACUUCCUCCCCAACGAUAUCCUCGAAGACCACAUGGACGACCGCGCCUACCGACACAUGAACAAGAUGCCGCCCCAGGACAUCGACGAGAGGCUGCUUCUCGCCGGGCUGGAGACGAGAUGGGACUCCGCGGACAGACUGGCCGUGCCGCAUCUGAACGUACAGAAGCCCAGUUCGGACGAUCGCGGCCCCCCCAGUCCCAGUCCCUCCUACAUCUCGCACGGCAGCUCGCUGUCGUUCAACAAGCCUUUGCCUCCGGUCCCGGGCCUGGGUGACAAAGACUCGUCCCGGCCUUUUGGGAGGACCAGUGGCGGGCAAAGCUCCGUCAGACGAGAGUCCCCGCCAGGCUAUGCGCCUCAGCCUCUGGCCCUGCGGCCUACAACACCGCGGCCGAUGACGCCUUCCCCGGCCUACGACACCCGUGUCAGCCUCCCGGCCUACAUCACCGUUUCCUCCCACCCCCUUUGCUGCGAUACCCCGACCCAUGACGCCCCCUCACAUGUCAUCCCGACCUACAACUCCCCGGCCAUUGACCCCCGGCCGUCGACACCGCGCUCUUCAGCGCCCAGACCUACAACUCCCCGACCCACCAUCGUAAUCCCAGAAGGGAAAGGAGCCACGAACCUCAGACACGAGUACACCGUGCCUGAAGCGCAGGAAUACAGCUUUUUCGAACCUGACCGAAGUCCCGAUAGGAUACCUCACUGGCUGAAGCCUCUAGGUCUCCGGACCGAAAACCUGCCUCCCCUUCCGAGAAAUAACAGCCCUGCCAAUAGUAUGAAAGUGCCCAGCCAGACAGACCUGGGGUAUCAGAAGCAACCAGCCAAGAAAACAUCGCACCAAGAGCUAAAGCAGGACGGCGACGAGAAGCCCCUGUGGCGGUCACUGAAGGCCGGGGUGCGACGCGUGCUGACCCGGAAAGCUGCCUCGCACGACGGCUCCGUCAAGGCCAGCAAGUCGGGCAAGUCCAAGCACAAGAACGCUCGGAGGGCAUCGAUCAUCGUGCGCAUGUCGACAAUCCCGCCGAUGCAGCCCCCGCCGGCAGAAAGCUUCCAAUUCCCCGAGGAGAAGGAAGACGAAGGCCGCUAUGAAGACGCGAUCAAGCGGAUGAAAAAUGUCUUGGCCAGUUUACUGGAGGAUGGCUAUUCCAUGGACGCGAUCCUGCAGGCAGAGGCGAACCAGCAGUUCCUCCGGUCUCUCUUCACGAGGGUACAGAACGAGCCUCUUCUUGGAGUCGACACCGAGCCUCCUAUCGUCUCUCCCCCAGCCUCGCACGCCUCCCUCCCCUCCGAACCCCCACGCUCCUACUCCCCUCUGCCGGUCGGAAGCUUAUUCGACGAACCUCGAUCAUUCGAGCCUCCUUCCAACGACGACAACGAAGACAGCUGGACAUACGUUGGCUACGACGAUGACGAAGCCAACACCGUCGGCGCGCCGUCCGUACGCUACUUCUCCGAUACAACACCCAUAUCCCCUAGUAUGCCAGAACCUCGAGACUCCGUUCCGCCCUUCGCCAUGGUGAUGGCCGAAUUAGACGACGACCUCCAGCGGAUGACCUCCAACCGAUGGAGCCUCUCGCAGCCCGGCCGCGAAGACAUGGUCCUCCACAUUCUCCUGCAGAUCGACGACAUCGACGACCUCUUCUCGUUCGCGCAGACCAGCAAAGCCACCUACCACGUCUUCAAGCGCCACGAGCUCCCCCUCAUGGAGAACGCCAUUCGACGCGGCUCCCCAGCGGCCUGGGAACUCCGUCAGAUGAGCGACAUCAACCAGCAAUCGGACCAGGACAUGCCCUCGGCCACGCUCUACUACCGCGCAGUGACGCGCGACCUCCGGGCCCUGGCCGCCCUCAAAGGCCUCAUGCUGACCCACUGCCGCCCGGUCAUGCGAACCAGCUCCUACACAGCCCUAUCGCGGCCCUCCAGCCCCGACGCGCGCCGGCUCGACGACGCGAUCUGGCGGAUCUGGACCUUCUGCUACCUCUUCGGCAUGCAGACGGGGCGCGAAACCGACAUGGACGGACAAGUCAGCUGGCUGCGGGGCGAAAUCGGGUCCCCCUUCCAACCGUGCCCGGACCCGAAAGACGUCGCCAGCAUCAUGUUCGACCCACCGCCUGGGUUUGGCGAAGGCAACCCUGGCGGGCUCUCCGUCACCGACAUGCAAGACAUGGACGAGAUCUGGACGUGUCUGAAAUACAUGCUGGGGUUUCUGCGCGGCGAGACCGAGCGCGCGCGGCGGUUCGGCGUGUUUCAGAACGCGGGCGUCGCCCCGGAGCGCAACCAGGGCAUGAUUGUGCUGCACGAAGGCCCUCGUCGAGGUCGCGCCGUUGGGUCCGGAUACGCAUCCCGAGACGACGUUUCAGCGCGCGAUGUCCCGCGGGUGGACGAGCUGGGAGGCGCCGAGGCCGGGGGCGACCAGGGGGCGUUUUUGACGGAUGCGUUGGGCAGGGUUUCGGGAGGGUUGAGACGGUUGGAGGAGACAAAACUCACAUCCACGCUCCACCUCCUAAUCCCGCGUCUCCGCCUGCUCCAAAAAAAAGACACCGCGAGCUCGGUGAUCCAACGCCGGGACCUCUCGACGCUGCUGGCCGAAGGACGCGACAACAGCGCGCGCAUCCGCGUGGAGAAUGUCAUCGCCACGGACAUCGCGGUCGAGGUGAUGGAGAUGGUCGAGCUAUAUUGCGAGCUAUUGCUGGCGAGGGCGAAUGUGAUUGAUCAGCAACUCACCUCCCCACCCCCCGAAAAAGACCCAGCAGCAGAAAGCUCCGGCUACAUCGACCCCGCCCUGGACGAAGCCGCCGCGGUGAUCUUCUACGCCUACACGCGCUUCCCGCAUGACGUGCGCGAGCUCACCAUCCUGCGCGGCCUGCUCACCGACCGCUGGGGGAAAGAGUUCAUGCUGCUCGCGCAGGACAAUAAGCUGGUUGAUGUGCGGGUGCCGGAGCGGUUGGUCAAGGGGCUGCGUGUGCGGCCGCCCACGACAGAGUUGGUCGAGAGUUAUUUGGCGGAGAUUGCGAGGGCGUAUGGUGUUGCUGCUUGGCCUCGGGGUGGAGAUAGGCGCUGGGGUUUCGGGGAGGGGAAUGUUGGGUCGGGAGAUGUCGAUGGGGAUGGAUCUGGGGAUGUACCGGUCCCGGUUACCCCGACGAGGACGAGGACGGGAUCGCCUGCUACUGCUACGGCGGCAGAUGAAACCGAGGCCCGUCGCGCAUCCGAGACCCUCGAGCUACACAAAGCGACACCGCCCCGUGGAUUAUUCGACGCGGGCAAGAGUCCCGUCAGCGUGGCGCCGCCGGGGCCCAGGACGGAUAACUUGCAUCCGCGGGUGAAGGUCUCCGGGGGGGAUCUGCCGCGGGAUACGGAUGCAGAUGCAGAUGCAGAUGUGGAUAAGGGGACCGGAAGGGGUGGAAAGAGCGAGAUACCCGAGUUGGAUGAGUUGACGAGACGGUUUGCUGCGUUGAGGAGGUGA